AUGACGCCACCGAAGCAGAAGAAGGAGAAGAAGAAGAAGAAGAAGAAGAAGAAGAAGAAGAAGAAGAAGAAGAAGAAGAAGAAGAAGAAGAAGAAGAAGAAGAAGAAGAAUACAACCGCAUGGAUGCACAGAUCCACAACGAGAAACAUCAACACCCCAUCCGUCCAGAUCCUGGCCCCUGAAGCUUCAAGAUCCAUUUCCCAAGGUCCACGCUUGAGGCUUGCACCUCGUAGUGACACCCUGAGACGCCAGAGAAUCCUCAGCGCCAUAGAGUCACCCCGGAAGCAGAACCUCCUCUCCGAAGAACGACGCAUUCCCCUUGCACAGACGUUCGCCGACGACAGUCUUCUAUCCUGUCUCACCGCCAUCGAAAAUGUCAAUCGUCGACCCAUCGCGGGCUGGCAGCCAGGCCUGGCAUUACUCUUAGCUUUAGAACGGUACCAGCUGGCAUUAGACGGCGACCUUGACACUGCAUCGGCUCUAUUGGAUGAUGAAGGCGACGUGAGUGACGCAUACUGGCCACGGUCCGAUGUCCAAAUCAUUAGACCGCUUCACGCCACCAUGUCGCGUCGCAUGGCCAAGUCUUCUGAGCUGACCAAGGAGCUGAAGAGCCCCUCGUCCGUGACACACCACUUCACAUUGCGCGUAGUGCCCAUUCAGUCGAUCCGCACACCUGAAUCUAGGACGAUGCUUCACUUCCUUCUCCCCUUCACGCAUCUGACUUGGUGCAUCUUCAUCUACGUCUGGUUCAUGAGACUCUCGUGGGCUUUGAGCCGCAACGCAGCCAAAAGAUUUCUCAUGCGGCAGAGGAAGAAGGUUAACAAGAAGAGGACGAUCCAGUUGAAGAAGAGGCGGGCUGAAAAGGCGGAGAGGACGCGGCUGUGGGAUGACUAG